CCGAGGCACGCCGCCCCCUUUCCGUCCUCCCAACCGCCAGCCAGCUAGACCUCUUUCUUUUUUCCUUUUUUUUUUCUCUUUACUAACUUCCUCUUCCCCCUUCGUCCUCUCCUUCUUUUUGAGACGACGCUGUCCGGUUCCAUCGUUGCGGCAUUCACUCGUUCCUGCGACUACUUCGGUCACACGCCGUCCUAACUCCCUCUUGGAUUGGAUCCCACAGCUGCAGGUUGCUGCGCAGUCACUGUAGCUGCGCCACGCCCCUUACAGACAGACAGCCCGCAGUGCUCGCUCGCCGCUCGCUUUAUUAGGGAGAGCCCCUCCACCACCCCCGGGGUCGCAAUGCCUUCACUUCCUGAGGCCGUCGUCGACUCGGUCCAGAGGCUCGGCCUCAACGGCUCGACGGAACACACCAACGGCUCCUCCAAUGGCAACGUCAAAGUCCGCACUAUCUGCUGCGUCGGCGCUGGCUAUGUCGGUGGCCCGACUGCCGCCGUCAUCGCCUUCCAGAAUCCGCACAUCAAGGUGACGGUCGUCGAUAGAGACACGACCCGCAUCCGCCGCUGGAACUCGCGCCACCCUCCCAUCUACGAGCCCGGCCUCCACGACAUUGUGCGCAUAGCCCGCGAUGGUGGCCGCGAGGCGUCCUUCUCCAACGAGCCCGCGUCCGACAGCGAGGGAUCCUCGGCCGACGAGGGUGAGACUGUCGUCCCGCCCCGCCCCGGCAACCUCUUCUUCACCACCGAUGUCGCCACGAGCAUCGCCGAGGCAGACAUCGUCCUCGUCUCCGUCAACACCCCCACCAAGGAGCGCGGUGUCGGCGCCGGCAGCGCCACUGACAUGACCGCCUUCGAGGCCGUCACCGGCGUUGUUGCCCAGUACGCGCGCGAGGGUGCCAUUAUCGUCGAGAAGAGCACCGUCCCAUGCCGGACGGCCCAGCUCGUCGCCGAUACCCUGUCCAUGCAUAGACCCGGCGUCCGCUUCGAGAUCCUGUCCAACCCCGAGUUCCUGGCUGCCGGCACGGCCGUCAACGACCUGCUGUACCCCGACCGCAUCCUCAUCGGCUCUGCGCCUACACCGUCGGGCAAAAAGGCCGCCGAGGCGCUGGUCAGCGUCUAUGCUGCCUGGGUUCCGCGCGAGCGCAUCCUUACGACCAAUGUCUGGUCCUCGGAGCUGGCCAAGCUGGUCGCCAACUCGAUGCUGGCACAGCGCAUCUCCAGCAUCAACUCCAUUUCGGCCGUCUGCGAGCAGACGGGCGCCGACGUGGACGAGGUGGCCAAAGCCAUUGGUGUCGACCCGCGAAUCGGCAACAAGUUCCUCAUGGCUGGUAUCGGCUUCGGCGGUAGCUGCUUCAAGAAGGACGUCUUGAACUUGGUCUACCUGGCCGACACCAUGGGCCUGCCCGAGGUGGGCGAGUACUGGCGGCAGGUGGUCAAGAUGAACGAGUACGCGCGUGACCGCUUCACCAACCGCGUCAUCCGGUGCCUCAACAACACCUUGGUCGGCAAGAAGAUCACCAUUCUCGGCUAUGCUUUCAAGAAGAACACGUCGGACACGCGCGAGGCGCCCGCGCUGGAGAUGAUCAAGACCCUGCUGGAGGAGCGACCCAGGGAGGUUGCCGUGUUUGACCCAUGCUGCAACCCACUGGUGGUCAAGAAGGAGAUUCUGGACCUCCUCGGCGCCGAGGUCAGCCAGCGCGUCCACGUCUAUAGCAACGCGUAUGACGCCUGCGAGGGCAGCACGGCCGUCGUCAUCGCCACCGAGUUUGACGAGUUCCGAAACCAGCCCGCCCCCAAGCCGGCACCGGCGCUGGCCCCGGAGGCGGCGCCCAAGAUGAUUGGGCGCAAGCCAAACCCCAAGUCGGACCCGCGGCCGUUCAAGGGCUCGUCACCGACGGAGAACGAAUUGCUGGCCCUGCACAAGCACCUGGUGCAGCGUCCGAGCGAGACUUCAGCCGACCCCCUGGACAGGUUCAACGUCGAGCCGAGCUGCGAGGCGGACUGCCCCGACUGCAUCACGGAGCGCGAGAGCGAGAAGACGGGCGAGGCCACGGGCAUGGGCAGCGCAGAGGAGUACAAGCCCAAGGAGCGACUCGACUGGGUGCGCAUCGCCGGGUCCAUGGCCAAGCCGCGGUGGGUGUUUGACGGCCGAGGCGUCAUCGACUCGCGGGAGAUGGUCAAGCUCGGCGUAAGAGUCGAGAGCGUCGGCCGCCAGCACCGCUUCUGAUUUGGGCGCAGCACGUGAGCGACGGCAUGCAUAUCAACGGCCGAAAACCAUGUUAAUCUUGGAUGUUGCAUCGGCGCACGUUCCUCUCGGGAGGGCUUGCGCCGUUAUUGUUUUAACGGGCAUGAGCACAAGUUUUGGACCAGGAGGAAUGGGGUUUACUAGCAGGCUAUAGCACUGCUUCAUCGUGGGUGGGCAGACCCUGAGGGGGCCAAGACCACAAUACCGCCGCCUCCAGAGAGGAGGAGCAAGAAAGAAAGACCUUGUCGAGAUUUAGAGGGGCUUGGAAGAAAUUCAUGCCGCCGGACGAGUGGCUUCAUAUUGCUAGAUCAAUUUACAGCGAUACC